AUGCUGCGGCGGAUGAUGAGCUCAGGUGUCGGCCGGCGACCGCUGCCCGCACGCCGACCCGCGUCCGCGUCCCGGCGUAAGACCGAAAAGCGUGACGCGCUCGAGGUUGCGCCGGAGGCGCCUGCGCCUGCUGAGUACUCUCAAGCGCCAGCAGAGAUACCACGACCACCAACGAUGGGCCAAGAACUCAAGUCGAGCUUUCUCUGGGGCAUUGGUAUGGCUUUCGGAUUCUCAAUGCUGGGUGUUGUCGCCCGCGUCUUCAUGGAGGAAGCGCCCAAUGACGAGCCGUUGCAUACGAGUAGUACGAUGUAG